GAUUGCCGCCGAACGCGAGGCUGCGCUGGCGCUGCGGCUGCAGGAUGGUGGGCGGCGGCGGUGGGAAACGCAGGCCCAGCGCGGACGGGCAACAGAGUGAAAAAACAGUUGAUAUGAAGAAGAGCAAAUCCUCUGAAGCUGAUGUCUCCAGUGACCUUCGGAAAGAAGUGGAAAGUCAUUACAAGCUCUCCCUGCCUGAGGAUUUCUAUCACUUCUGGAAGUUCUGUGAAGAGCUGGAUCCUGAGAAGCCAGCUGAUUCACUUUCCACAAGCCUUGGACUUCGAUUAGUGGGUCCUUAUGAUAUCCUUGCUGGAAAACUUAAAAUGAAGAAAAAAACAACAGGUGUCAAUUUUAACCUUCACUGGAGAUUUUACUAUGAUCCUCCUGAGUUCCAGACCAUUAUUAUUGGAGAUAAUAAAACUCAGUACCACAUGGGGUAUUUCAGGGAUUCUCCUGAUGAACUUCCUGUUUACGUUGGUGCAAAUGAAGCAAAGAAAAAUUGUGUAAUUGUUCAACAUGGAGAUAAUGUGUUUGCUGCAGUUAAAUUGUUUCUGAUGAAAAAGCUUAAAGAAGCAACAGAUAAAAAGAAGACUAGUCUCUUGAAAAACAUUGAUGCCAAACUCACAGAAGCUGCCCGGGCGCUGGGAUACUCACUGGAGCAGAGAACUUCGAAGAUGAAACAGAGAGAUAAGAAAGUUGUGACAAAGACGUUUCAUGGAGCAGGCUUGGUUGUUCCAGUAGAUAAAAAUGAUGUUGGAUACAGAGAACUCCCUGAAACAGAUGCGGACCUCAAAAGAAUUUGCAAGGCAAUUGUUGAGGCUGAAAGUGACGAGGAGAGAUUAAAAGCUUUUGCACCCAUUCAGGAAAUGACAACCUUUGUGCAGUUUGCUAAUGAUGAAUGUGACUAUGGCAUGGGGCUCGAGUUGGGACUGGACCUUUUCUGCUAUGGUUCACAUUACUUUCAUAAAGUUGCUGGCCAGCUUUUACCUCUUGCAUAUAACCUGUUGAAGAGGAAUCUGUUUGCAGAAAUCAUUGAAGAUCAUCUCUCAAACAGAAGUAAAGAGAAUGUAGACCAACUUGUCGCCUGAGUAAGAGUUGGCUUGUUUGAUGUACAGGAUUACUUUUACACUUCUGUUUUUUUCUUACUAUAGGAAAUAAAUUGAUGGAAGCAUUUACUAAAAAC